AUGCUAGUUAGAGCUGUAAAUGAGACAACUGAGUUGUCAAUGCAGUUCAGAACCUCAAACAUCACAAUUCAGCUACUUGAUGAUCAACAUUUCAUGUUUAAAUAUCCAACAAAAAGUUUCAGAAAUGCCAAAUCCUUAAAUUUAGCUGUGACUUUAUAUCGAAACAAGAAGGAACUCAAUAAGACAAUUCAUGAAUGUUCUACACAGGAAAUGGAAGUAAAACCUGAAAAGUUAGACUUUCAUAUUUUUAUACAAUUGAAUAAACCGAUCUUUAAGCCAGGCGAUGACGUAAGAUUCCGAAUUAUUGUUAUUGACAAAGACAUGAAGCCAUACCAAAUGAAUACAAUUGAUGUUAAAGCUAUCGAUCCUUACAACCGAACAAUACAAAGAUUUGACGACUUAGAGGAUCGAAAUUUUGGUAUUUUUGGCGACACAUUCAGUUUGAGCCGUAAUACAAUUUUUGGUGACUGGAAGCUGCAGGUUGUAGUCAACAAGCAGAGUCAUUUAGGUGCUUCAAAGAUCUUUCCGGUCCAGAAGUACAAUUUACCAUUAUUUGCUGUCAAUAUUGAAACUUCAUCAAGGUACUACCUGCCUGAGUCUAGAAUUAUCAUAUCCAUCAUUGCUAGAUACUCUUUUGGUGACUUUGUGACUGGAAAUGCAGACUUAAUCAUUAAGGAUGUUGAAGCUAAUCAAACAUACUUCCAGCAGUCAUUUGAGAACAUAACAGGCAUCAAGUCGAUUGCCUUAAAUGUUCAGGAUGAUUUAAGCAUCAAGAUCAUUAACCGAAUAGAUCUUCAAGCCACAGUAACCUUCACAGAACCAGAAACAGGCAUCAAAUCCAACAAAUCAGCUUUAUUCAGCAUCCAUCCAGAUGCAACAAUCAAAAUGACUCCAGUCCAUCCAAAAGACUUUAUUCCAGGACUUCCAUUCGACAUGAACUUGAUCAUUAAAAAUUGGAAGAACGAGAGCAUUGAAACGGACGAAGAAGCUCAAAUUGAUUACACAUACAAGCUUGCUGAUGGAUCCAGUAAGAAGAUUAGCAACAGACCAGACAUUAGGAAAGGAAUUGCCAAGCAAGAAGCUAUUGUUCCUAAAGAUACUGUCGAGUUUGACAUAAAUGCAAAGUUUCUGAAUAGUAAGACUUACAGGAUGAAGGUUGGGGUUGAGAAAAAUGAGAUUGGGUUGGACAGGCUGAGUGUGGAUUAUUCUCCCAAGAAUCCAAACUUGAACGAUUCCAUCGAAAUAUUCAUCAAAGGUGAAGGACAACUCAGCAAGAUCAUAAUCGUAAUCAUGUCAAAAUAUGGAAUGCAGGAUGCAAAGCUGAUUGACUGCAAGCUACAAAUUGUCUGUACAUUUGAGUUAGAAGUUGUUGAGGAUAUGAUGCCUCAGUUCACGGUUGAUGCUUAUUUUGUGAAAGGCAAGGAUUUGGUGGCUCAUGGAAGUGUUGACAUUAGGACUGCUGAUUUGGGACCAAAUCAUCUCAAAAUGAAGCUAUCAUCAAGAAAAGUCAAGCCAAAGUCAGCUGUAAAAAUGUCAUUCGACACUUCAGAAAAUUCUCAAAUUUACUUACUUGCCAUAAACCAAAGACUAAGGUUCCUUAGAGAAGGCAACGAUGUGACAUCAAAUGACAUAAUUGAGAAAUUCUCAGAAUUAUCUCCAAAAACUGAGAUUCUCAUGGAUGACAUGACAUCAUGGCACAUCUGCUCACCAGAAGAGCUAAUUAGAGUCGAAUCAGGAAGAGAUGUCACAUCUAGUCACUCAAGCAACUCAAUAACCAGCAACUUUGAUGAUGACUUUAUGAAUGACUAUGACUCAAAUGACAUUGAUGUGGAUGAGGUUGAAUACUUAAUGGAAACACCAGACAUGCCAAUUGAGGAUGGACUUCUUAGAGAAUAUUUUCCAGAAGUUUGGAUUUUUGAGGAUUUUGAAGCUGAGAACUCAACGGUUGACAAAGUUUUUCGUGUUCCUGACUCGAUGACUUCUUGGCACAUUUCAGCAAUUUCUGUGCAUGACGAAAAAGGCAAGAAAAGGGUGUUGCUGUUGCUGAUCCACAGUAACUAA